GUUGUUGAUAAAUUUGAAAUAGUUAUACAUUAAUAUAAAAUUAUUUUAAGGAUUACUUACAAGUGCCGCAAAGUCGCAAUAAGCUUUUCACUAAUCUUAUAAUACUUUUCACUUAUUGUAAAACUGUUUCUAAUAUUUUUAUUAUUUUCAAAACACUGUUUUUUUACACAAAUUCUAACAUUAAACAAUAAAGAACUGACAUUUGUUAGCAAAUUUGACUUAUUUGUUAACAUUGUUCUUAAAGCACUAGAUAACCAAACUUUAAUUAUUAUUAAAAAGGUCGGGGAAGACUUAUUAGCGAGAUCCAUUCAAAGUAACCAACCAAAAAAAUGUUCACAAUCAUGAGGAUAUCAUAAAGCCGUUGAAAAUUCAAAAAAUUGAACGUUGGAAAGUUUGAUUAGCUUCAAUUCAAACCAGUGGGGACCUUAAUGACCCACACACCACAUACAAAUCCAUAAAAAAUUACACCACACUUCUCUUUACACCAUAAAAAAUUACACCACACAUAGUCCUAAAAAGCUUCAAACAUUUUGAAUUUCAAAAUUUAUAGUCUCGAGAAGAAAGACCAGAGAAGAAUAAAAUUUGAAGUAAAGUUGAAUUUUUCAGUUUUCUCAUACUGCAAAGAAAUGGGAGAAUCAGCUUGUCUCAUGCAUUCAUUCUCCUAUGUUUCUGGCAUUUCCAAUGAAGCCAAACAGGAUUUAACAGAGUGAAAUCCAUCGAAUCAGAAAUGGGUUUUGGCUUUCUGAGAAAUUUCUCAAAUUUUUUUGCUGAUUAGAUAUGUGUGUGUGAUUUACAGGGAAACCCCAUGCAUACUCUUGGGGACUCGAUCUCUUUUGGGAGAUUCAUGUCAGAGUCCUUAUCUUGGGAGAAAUGGUCGACAUUCUCUCACAAACGCUACGUGGAAGAGGCAGAGAGGUACGCUCAGCCCGGUUCAGUGGCUCAGAAGAAAGCUUUCUUUGAAGCUCAUUACAAAAGCAUUGCUGCUAAGAAAGCCGCAGCCUUGCUCGAGCAAGCUAACGCCAACGCCGCCAACAACCACCCUGAUCCAGAAUUUGAAACCCAUGAUUCACAGAGUACAAUUGAGCCUGUUGUUGAUGAGCAACUCGAGCUCAAAGCCCCGGUUGAUACAAUUGUCAAUGGAAAUGGGUACAAUUCAAAUGUUGAAUUGGAGAUUGGAGAGGUGAAAGUAGCUGAUACGGUGGUAACAGGGCACGAGGUUCAGAACGAAUCGUUGAAACAGAGUAUGGUUUCUGAAAUGGAUAUUGGUGAAUCGCCUCAAAUGGAGAAGCCAUUGUUGGAGCAGGGUUUGAAAUCAAAUCAUGAGCUUGGUGAAUCGUUGAAACAGAGUAUGGUUUCUGAAAUGGAUCUUGGUGAAUCACCUCAAAUGGAGAAGCCAUUGUUGGAGCAGGGUUUGAAAUCAAAUCACAUGGUUUCUGAAAUGGAGCUUGGUGAAUCACCUCAAAUGAAGAAGCCAUUGUUGGAGGGUUUGAAAUCAAAUCAUGAAGUUCCAUCGCUGAUAAACAAGAAGAAGAAACAGGAAAUUUCAUCUUCAAAGUCGGUAGUUUCUAUCACUCCACUCACCAGGAAGUCCACAAUAGAAUCCAUGGAUAAAAACAGAUCAACUUCUAACUCUCUGAAGAAGUUAAUCUAUUCUACCAGUGCCAAAGAAUCAGAUAAUAAGUCAGCUGCACCAGAAUUUUCAUCUACAAAGCCAGCAGUUCACCAGAGAGUACCUAAAGUUCUGGCUUCGCCUGCCAAAACAGUAGCUCCAGUUCUUCCCAAAACAGCCACCAGGAAGUCCACAACAGAUGAUUCCAUGGAUAGAAAGAGAGCAACUCCAAGAUCUCUGAAGGAGCUAAUCUAUUCAAGUCCUGACAAAGAAUCGGAACCGGCUGCUACUGGCAGGAGGAUUGAAAGUUCAAGAGUUGCUCCCAGUCCUUAUAAGGCAUCUAAAGAUUGCAAAACUCCUCUAAGGACUCCAAUCGUGGCUUCUGCAAAUGGGGUAUCAAAGCAUGCAACCCCAUGUUCAGAAAUUAGAAGGAAUAGAACACCACUUGAUCCCUCAGCUUCUGGAAGCAAAACAACUGGCCCAAAAUGGCAUCUCCUAUCUGCCGUUUGUGCCAAGUCUUUGACUGCCUGCAGAAACAAAUUGCAGUCACCGACUUUAUCCACUCCUUUCAGCUUGAGGACGGAGGAAAGAGCAGCGAGGAGAAAACAGAAGCUUGAAGAAAAAUUCAACGCCAAGGACACACAAAAAGUGCAGCUACAGACAAGAUUAAAGGAGAAAGCAGGAACAGAACUUAGAAAAUUACGGCAAAGCUUCUGCUUCAAAGCCCGGCCACUACCUGAUUUUUACAAGGAAAGAGAAACACCAAAAGAUCAGAUAAACAAAACUCCAUCGACACAUCCUCAGCCGCCCAAGCUAGGAAAAAGAAAGCCGAGUUCUAGCAGUAGCACAUUGCAAGGAGGUAUAACCUCACUACCUCCAGUGACAGCUUCAACUAAGAAGAGUUGCUCCAAGAAUGUCUUCAAAACUAAAAGUCAUCGUCAGAUCCCAAAUCCCAAAAUGAUGACAAACCCCCAUGAGAAUACAUCUCCAAAUAUUCAGCAUUGAAGUUUAUUAUUGGGACCAGCUUGAUUUUGGAAAAUGUUUUCUAAGUAGGCAUGGGAUUUUAAUGUACAAUUUUCUUUUAUAUAUGUACACCUUAUUAUAAGGGUAAUAUGGGAAGUCAUAAGCUGUUGCAUGGUAUCAUCACUCAGCAGCAGUAUGAUACCAUUUUAUGGAUAUCUGAACUUGUGAAAGGAGUUGGAAAAUCUGCCAAAAGAGUUAAUAACAAUCAAAUAAUUGUGCCAAGUGAUCUGAAUAAGAUGGUAGGAAGUCAUGUACUACUUUCUAAAGUAAUGUUUCACAAAUCCAUUUACAAAA